CUCCCCCCCUAUCAGCUCACCUCAAAGCUGAGGAUUCUCUGCUUCUUUCGCUUCUUCAAACCUUUCCGGAUCUCGAUUGAAUGUCAACGGUCCUUGUUGAACUCUACUGCUCCGUGGGAAAGGCGUAUGCCUUCCCGAUUACUCUUUGAAGAUGUUGAGGGAUUCGGAUAUAGAUUCCUUGACUACCCACCUCGGAAUCUUUUCACAGGAAAGCAAUAGGCACCAUGAAACCCUGCAAGAUGUUCUGGAGCAGUUUAAGCGCCUCCUCGAGGACUACAGCUCUCUCAAAAGUGAUUACGAAGAGGUCAAGGAAGGCCGUGAGAAAUACAAAAGACAAGCUCGCGGUCAGGAUCGCAACCCAUUCGUGCUAGUCCUUGUCGACGGUGAUGGCUACCUUUUCAAAGAACACUUUAUCCAAGCCGGUGCCGAAGGUGGCAUUAACGCAGCCCGUGAACUGAGCGACUCGGUUAGGGAGCUAAUGCACUCUACCUUGGGAAUGCAGGCUGAUCAGUGUCGAAUUAUGGUUCGUGUCUACGCUAAUAUGCUUGGUUUGUCCAAGACUCUUGCUCGAGCAGGCCUAUGUGGUCACGAAGCUCGAUCCCUAGCACCCUUCACCUCGGCCUUCAACCGUGCUCAGGAUCUCUUUGAUUUUGUCGAUGCUGCGGAGAAAAAAGAGGGCAGCGAUUUCAAAAUCAGAGAAAUGUUCCGACUUUUCGCAGAUUCCAAUCAAUGCCGACAUAUUUACUUUGCGGGUUGCCACGAUACUGGAUUUGGCUCUCUGUUGACCCCAUAUAGGGGCCGAAGUGAUCGCAUCACCCUCAUCAAGGCUGCGUCCUUUCACCGGGAAUUUGAAGACCUGGGCUUACCGAUCAGAGAGCUGCCGUCCGUUUUCAAAUCUACACCUAUUGCUAGCACCAAACCAACUACUAUCGUCAACACUAAGGCGGCUUCUACCACAAAUGGUAUCAAUAGGCCGAUCUGCAAACAUUACCAAAAGGGUAUUUGUAAGUACGGUAAUUCUUGCAUCAAGCAGCAUGUCAUGCCCGGCCAAACUCUGUCUGCUAAGUCACCGGAUGAAUCGCCAAACAAGUCGUGGUCUACUCCAAAUAUCGUGGGCCGCACGCAAGAGUUCCUUUCCACUCAUCUGCCGCCAAGAAGCCUCAAAUCGGAGGACUUCAUCGCUGUCAAUAAGGACGGCGAACGUAUCGACACCUAUUGUCCCCAUCCACCCGCGGAUGCCAUGGAUGAGUAUCAUCGCCGUGCCAAAGAGCACAAGGUCUGCAACAGCUAUCACCUGUCCGGGGAGUGCGGUGACAUGAGUUGCCAAUACGACCAUAGUGAUGUCUCCGACACCAUAGUCGAUGUACUCAGAUACAUCCUCCUUCAGCACCCUUGCCCUCGAGCGGGGGCUUGCAGGUCUAUCAAAUGUUACAUGGGCCAUCUAUGCCAGAAGCCAAACUGCAAGGCCGUCAAGAGCUGGCAGUGUCGCUUCAACCACCGCGCCCACACUCUCGAUCUCCAAGUUUCUCAGUGGGUCGUUCCUGUCGAACAGGCCGAGGGAGAGCAGUCCUCAAUGAGCGGCGACUCGUUCGAAGGCACCCCCUCUCCAAUCACGAUCUCCUUCUAAAGUGUCUUGAGUCCUGAUACCACUACCGUUCUAAUACGGUAAAACCUCGGUUACUGAUGGCCGACUUCAAUCGUGUCGGUCCUGUAAGUGCGAAAUAACUGUGAGGCUACAAUGCCGGGGACUCCUCUUAGUGGGCGAAUUUUUGACCUAAAAAAGGCUUUUUGUUCAAAAUUUCUGGCAGCAUAGAAGCGGGCAGGUUCGGCUUCAGUAGACCUGACCAAAGAAAAAAAAAGGGAGAGAGAGGUUGGUUUGAAUUCAUCAUGCUUACCCGGUAUUUUGUUUUAUGCCUGGGGAUGAUAAAAAGGAUAUUACCUCCACCCAUCCGGGUCGUGGGGUAAUAUCGUACGGCAGUGGGUGCGAGACUAGCGGGAGUUAAAAUAGUCAUUAAGAUCUCAAUACGGUCGUGAUUUGAAAAAUGUCAUCCAAACCGUCGUUCUGUGUGUAGUCUUGCUUUGACGCUCU